AUGGCCACUUCAUAUAAAGCAUUCCUAGUGAACUGCUCCAUUCAGAAAGGACCCUCCAAUGUCUCAGACAAUUCUCGUCACUUCAACCUUCCACCCUUCGCUGCCUUUAAGCAGCCACCACUGAAGAAAAUUCUGCCUAAAGUCCCUUCACAAAUUGAUGUUCAAAAGACUAUGACAAACACUGCAUCUAAAUUGCUUAACGCCUUUGUAGAUUCGUUCUUUGAAUUUGUUGACCGACCACUGCUUCCAUCUCAGAGUAACUUUGCUCCGGUGGAGGAGUUGGGUGAAGCCAUAUUUGUUACCAGCAUCCAAGGACGAAUUCCAGACGAUUUUCCAGAGGGUGUCUACAUUAGAAAUGGGCCAAAUCCACUUUUUGGAGGAUUAAAAUCAACUAAGUCUAUCUUUGGGAGGUCAAGUCACAUUUGGGUGGAAGGAGAGGGAAUGCUUCACGCAAUUUAUUUUAAAAGGUCAAGUCAAGGGAGCUGGACGGUCCUUUACAACAACAAGCACGUUGAAACCGAUACAUACAAGAUUGAAAAGCAACGAAGCAAACCAUCGUUUCUACCGGCCAUAGAAGGCGAUUCACCGGCCAUUUUGUGUGCUUAUCUGCUAAAUUGGUUGCGAUUUGGCAAAGUAAACAAGUACAUCAGCAACACCAAUGUGUUUGAGCAUUCAGGUAACUUUUACUCGGUUGCUGAAAAUCACAUCCCACAAGAGAUUGAUAUCUUCAAACUAAAAACUCUAGGAAAUUGGAAUGUCAAUGGCGACUGGGAUCGUCCUUUUACCAGUCACCCAAAGAAGGCUCCAGGUACGGGGGAGCUAGUCACAUUAGGUGUUGCAGCAACCAAACCUUUUGCCGUUGUUGGAAUUAUUUCUGCUGAUGGAGAGAAAUUGGUUCAAAAAGUUGAUCUCGAACUAAAUAGGUGCACUCUUUGCCAUGACAUUGGUGUUACUGAGAGGUACAAUGUGAUCAUGGAUUUUCCUCUAACUCUUGAUAUAAACAGACUUCUUAGAGGAGGCCAAUUAAUAAAGUAUAAUAAGGAGGAAUACGCAAGGAUUGGGGUACUGCCACGCUAUGGUGAUGCCAACUCAAUCAAAUGGUUUAAGGUGGAACCUAAUUGCACGUUUCACAUUAUAAACUCUUUUGAGGAUGGACACGAGGUUGUAGUGAGGGGUUGCAGAUCUCUAGAUUCACUAAUUCCUGGACCUGACCCAAGUUUGAAGGAAUGCGAGUGGUUAUCUCGUUGUUACGAGUGGCGAUUGAAUAUGGAGACAGGAGAAGUUAAGGAGAAAGAUCUCUGUGGAGCCAACGUAGUUUAUAUGGAUUUCCCUAUGAUCAAUGGAAACUUCAUAGGAAUGAGGAAUAGAUAUGCAUACACCCAGAUAGUCGAUCCAAUUGCAAGCUCUACUCAAGACGCACCAAAAUAUGGAGGUUUAGCAAAACUCUACUUUGAAGAAUCAUGUACACAGUUCUCCAUGGGAAACAAAGAGCAAGCUGAAAAGCCUAUAAGAGUGGAGUGCCAUAUGUUUGGGAAGAACACAUUUUGCAGCGGGGCUGCCUUUGUCCCCAGAGAUGGGGGUCUUGAAGAAGAUGACGGUUGGAUCAUAGCUUUUGUUCACAAUGAAGAUAUCAACAUAUCUGAAGUUCAUAUAAUAGACACAAAGAAGUUCUGUGGUGAAAUGGUUACCAAAAUCACCCUGCCUCGCAGAGUACCAUAUGGAUUUCAUGGAGCUUUCAUGCCAAUUGCGUUUCAAGCACAGUAG